AUACUUUCUCGCGUUAGUCGUUCGGUUAGUACGCUAGCACGUUGAUUUGCGCGGAGGUAGUACGUCGAAGGACGGCGCAGGGUUAUCGGGAGAACGGCCACUGAGGGCGCGGCGUUCUCACUAUCGUUACGCCCGGCUCCAACGGAAUAACCAAUCGGAGCCGCGGCAACGCCGCCAUUCUAUCGAGUUCGUGGCACGCCCUACAACUUCCUCCAUUGUCCUUCUUUCCGGGAUACUCUGCGAGGAAGGAUGGCUCAGAACAAUUAUUUUGGGUUUACUCACGGCGGAACGCAAUAUGGGGCAACCAGCGCUGCCGCUUAUCAAACCGGCCAAGCGGGAUACGCAGUAACGCCAGCGGCAACCGCCGCUACGUAUACUCAACGCCCGGCUGCCGCGGCGGCUACAGGCUACGAGACUUAUCAAGCAGCUGCAGCUGCAGCAGCUACAGGCACUACUUACGCAGCUGCAAAUCCUGGAACCGUAGCUCAGACAUACGAUUACGGUUACGGCAGAGCUGCUCCCGCAGCUACUUACGACGCCACUAAAACUUAUUAUCAACAACCUGCUGCUGCAGCUGCUACUUAUACCACUACAGAAACGCACUAUCAAGCUGCAAAACCUGCAUACAGUACGACAAGUGCCUACACGGGCACCGCGAGACAAGCUACUACCACAGGACAAGCUAAAACUUAUCAAGCGUCGAGCACAGCUUAUCAACAGUCUAAUCCCACACAAAGUGCUACAUAUUCUUCAGGGUAUACAGCUCCAGCUACUCCAGCGGCUACACCAUCCACUGCGACGAAUAAAACGGCGAGUACAACGUAUUCCGGCUACGACGCAGCGCUUUAUAGCGCUGCGACUAUGUAUGUAGCCCAACAGAGUGCAAACAGCAAUUCGACUAACCAGAAGACUGGAGGUUGGCAGGGCUACGGACGGAAGGGAUUCGGAACUGGAGGGGGAGGGAUGAAGGCAAUGCGGCCAAAGCAGCCUCCCAAGCCUCAGCAACUUCACUAUUGCGAUGUCUGUAAGAUCAGCUGUGCUGGACCUCAAACCUACCGAGAACAUUUGGAAGGACAAAAGCACAAGAAGAAGGAAGCUUCCUUAAAAGUACCUCAACAACCUCCAGCACGUGGAGCAGGAAAUAGUCUACGUUGCGAAUUGUGCGAUGUUACCUGUACGGGUAACGAUGCAUACGCGGCCCACAUCAGAGGUGCCAAACAUCAGAAGGUAGUGAAAUUACAUACAAAACUUGGAAAACCAAUUCCAAGUGCCGAUCCUACUGUUUUGAAUCCAAAACCUGCAGCAGCAACAAAAACUACAGGAACUAAGAAGCCUACGGUGACUGCAACUCCUAAAAUUAAUUUCGUUGCCUCUGGCAAUUUAGGUACUGUUAAUCAAAAUCAAACGACUGAAAUAAAAACGGAAGAAGCAGUUACGGAAGAAACUGUUGAAGAAGCAGCUGUAGAUGAAAAAGAUAUUCAACCAGUCGGUCAAGAAUAUAUCGAAGAGAAUAAGUCUGAAGACGGAAAGAUAAUAAGCUUUAACUGCAAACUUUGCGAAUGUCGCUUUAACGAUCCUAAUGCCAAAGAUAUGCACAUGAAGGGAAGGCGCCAUCGAUUUGCUUAUAAGAAGAAGGUUAAUCCUGACCUUGUCGUCGAUAUGAAGCCAAGUUUAAAGCAAAGAAAAAUGUUAGAGGAGAAACUUAGACGACAACAGAUGCGAGAUGAAUAUUUACGACGUAGAGAAGAAAUUAAUCAAUUGGGUCCAAUGGGACCAAUGAUGGACGAAGAAAUGAUAUAUUGGGAAGAACGUCGUCGGUACGAAGAAGAAUGUGAAUAUUACGAAUGGUAUAGACGUUAUGGACGUGGACCAGGUGCUCCUCCAAUUCCAAGACCCUUUCCUGGUCCACCGCCAUUGAUGAUGUUCCCUGGACCACAGAGGCGACCAGAUUCGUCCGACGAUAAACAUGUAUUAGCUCACCAUACAACUAUAUAUCCUAAGGAACAAGAACUGCUGGCAGUUCAAAAGAUUGUUUCGCAUACGGAGAAGGCUUUGAAGUUUGUGUCGGACGCGUUGGCAGAAGCUGGUAAAAAAACGACCACUCCGGUUACUACUACGACUGCUACUCCUACGACUCCGGCACCUGCUAAUACGCAAGUAAUUUCUCCGGAUGCUAUAAAAAAGGAGGAUGGAGAUAAGAAGAAAAUGACGCAACCACAAAAAGAGGAUGGUAGCGAUGGAAAUCUUUUUUCAUUCCAAAAGGAGAAAGAAGAUUCGAGAAUAUUACGAGGUGUUAUGCGUGUUGGAAACCUAGCUAAGGGACUGUUGUUGUCAGGUGACAAUCACGUAUGUCUUGUUGUGUUGUGUGCUGAGAAACCUACAAGGACAUUGUUGAACAAGGUUGCAGAAAUUUUACCGGCUCAAUUAAAAAUCGUUGCUCCAGAAGAUACUUACAACGUUGGGAAGCAUCCAGAGUCUGCUGCUCUUACUGUUUCCGGAGGUUCAGUAACAGUCAGUGUAACGCUCACCAGUCCUCUCAUGCGCGAAACGCCUAAAACAGUGGCAACAGCAGAUAAUGCUGGACAGCAGCAACAGGGAGCUGCUCAACCGCAAACCACGCCCGCGACGCCCGCCGUGACGAAACCAGAUCCACCAGAUGUACUUCCCAAGGCUAAGUGUUUGGAGGCUUUAGCUGCACUCAGGCAUGCCAAGUGGUUUCAGGCUAGAGCAACUUCACUGCAGAGCUGUGUAAUGGUCAUUCGCAUAAUGCGCGAUCUUUGUAAUCGUGUACCUACGUGGGGACCUUUGAAUCCAUGGGCACUAGAAUUAUUGACUGAAAAAGUUAUAAGCACGGCUGGAGGACCUCUCAGUCCAGGCGAAGCCUUACGGAGACUUUUGGAAUGUGUAGCUGGAGGGAUAUUACUACCAGGAAGUCCAGGAUUAUCUGAUCCAUGUGAGAAAGAACCGGUAGAUGCGAUAGGUAAUAUGUCGGCUCAACAGAGGGAAGACAUAACAGCUUCGGCGCAGCAUGCACUACGAUUAGUUGCAUUCCGCCAAAUUCAUAAGGUUCUUGGUAUGGAACAACUACCACCACCAAAAUAUAAGGGUAGAUUUGCAAGAAAACGAAGACGAGACAAUAGUAACGGGGAAGGAACGGACAGUGAAGCUUCAAAAAAGGACAAAAAAGCUGAGGAGAUCAAAAUGGAGACUGACUCCAAGUAGAUCUACCAAAACACAUUCGCUUUAUGAAUUUACCCAUAACUUAUAUAAUGUAAGAAAACUUUCCCUCGUGUCAAUUGCUUGUUUAAAAAGAUAUAUUUAUGAAUUAGGAAUGAGACACAUACGAAUAGAAAAUGAAACUUGUAACUGUUGCUAGAAGGUAUUUGUUGACUACAACAAAAACAAAAUAAUAAUAAUAAUAAUAAUAACAAUAACAACAGGCAAACGUAUUUUGACAUUACACGAUACAAUUACAUAUAUUAAUAUUUCUUGAACAAUGGCGAUCAUAUUUUCAGAUACAUUGAAAUCUUCCAUCACGACUUGUUUUAUCUUGUUAUGUAUUAAGUAGUUUUACUCGACUAGGUAAUUGUUUGUUUACAAUUAUCACAUGAUUUUUAACUUCAAAAAGACGUAAUAGUUCUUUUUGAUCAGCUAGUUCAAUUUACAUUGUAUAUUUUAUUAUAUCUUGAAUGAUAGUGUUCUUUUGAAGUACGGGUUAUUUCUUUCUCUUGAUGUCUCUAGUAUUCAUUAUAGGUUUUGUUUUCUUUUCUUCGUUAGCUAUUUUAAGUUCUUAGUGUGAACUUUGUAAGCAGCCAUUUGUUUUUCUUUUUUAAUUCAAUAAGGUUGCCUAUCUCGAUAGAGACAUGUUCACGUUUGUAAUGUGCGACCAUGACCUUCGUAUAUAUCAAAUAAGAUACAAUUUAUUCUCUACGAAACAUCUUCGCGAUUAUAGGAUUAUUAUUGAUCUUUCCCAAACAGGCAAUUGGUACGAUUAGCGCCAGUACUAGGUUUUUGUCGAAGGAAAUGAUGGAUGCAUUAGUUUUGAAUACAUAUUAGCUAUGUUUCAAAGUCACAUAGUGUAUGAUGCAAAAAGUUUAAUGUGAAGCAAAAAAAAAAAAGAAAGAAAGGAAACGGAGAACGAAAAAAAAGAAAAGAAGAAAUUGAAAUUAAGUGAGAAACGAAGAUGAACAUUUCUAAGUUUGAUGAUGGUUAAGUGUAGGAAUAGGAUAUGCAAAGAUUUUGUGUGUAUGUUGUGUGUGUAGUCGUACAUAAGUGCAGAACAUUCGGCUGCACCGAUCACUUAUUAGCAGAAGCGCAUACGCCUAUACCGCGUAUAUUGACUUACGCAGAAGAUUCCAAGAAUAUAUUUACAUAGGUCUAUUGUUAAAAUAGAUUAUCUGGCGUACCACGAACGCGUAUAAAAAAAUUUCAAUGAACAUUUUGUAGUUCUAUUCAAAAUCUUUUCUUACCGUUUAUUAUGAGAGAAAAUUAAAAAUAUUAUUUUACAGAAAUAAUAUAUUCUUUACCAAUAGUGUAUGGGUCUUCUGUUGUACUUUGAAGUCAUCAUUGAAUAAAUCAACAUACAUGAUACAUGAAUAUAAAA